CAUAUUAUAUUCAUUCAUAAAUUCACACCCAAAAUAUUCUCAAGUCUAUAAAUACCAAAUCAAAUCCAACAUUUUUCCAAACACACUCAACACUACAAUUACAUUUGACUCUCUCUCUCUAUACUCUCUCUCUAUAUCUAUACUCCCUAGCGCCAGAAACAAUGCCUUCAUCUUCUUCAUCCUCAUCUCAAUCAAUAAAUAAAACGGAAUCGGUUACCAUAAUCUCCAAAUGCACAAUUUACCCAGACAAAAACUCCACACUCAAAUCAUUAAAACUCUCUGUAUCCGAUCUCCCUAUGCUCUCCUGCCAAUACAUCCAAAAGGGUGUCUUACUUCCCCACCCUCCAAACGACCUCAUUCCACUCCUCAAACUUUCUCUCUCUAAAACUCUCUCUCACUUCCCCGCUCUCGCCGGCCGCCUCACCACCGACCCAGAAGGUCACGUCCACAUCCACUGCAACAGCUCAGGUGUAGAAUUCGUUCAUGCGUCCGCCAUGUUUCACAACGUUGAACAAAUUACAGCCCGUAAUUGCGACGUUCACCCAUGUUUCAAAACGUUCUUUGCGUUUGACAACACGGUGAGCUACGCCGGCCACCACCAGCCCAUCGCCGCCGUGCAGGUGACGGAGGUUGGUGGUGGGGUGUUUAUUGGGUGCACCGUGAAUCAUGCGGUGGUUGAUGGGACGUCGUUUUGGAACUUUUUUAAUACUUUUGCUGAGAUUACAAAAGGGGUUAGUAAAGUGACGAAUUCGCCGGAUUUUAGCCGGGAAAAUGUGUUUAUAUCUCCGGUGGUUUUGCCUCUUCCGGCUGGUGGACCGGCGACGACUUUUUCCGGUGAUGAACCGUUGAGAGAACGGAUUGUUCAUUUUAGUAGAGAUGCGAUUUUAAAGAUGAAAUUCAAAGCGAAUAAUCCACUCUGGAAUUCGGAUCUAAAGAUUUCGGAUCUCUACAGUAACGGUAACGGAAAAGUUAACGGUGCGUUAAAGCCGAAAAGUGAAAUUUCGUCGUUCCAGUCGCUGUGUGCGCAUUUGUGGCGGGGGGUCACGCGUGCGCGUAAGUUUGAGGCGACAAAAACGACGACGUUUCGGAUGGCGGUGAAUUGCAGGCACAGGUUAGAGCCUAAGGUGGACCCGCUUUAUUUCGGGAAUUUGAUCCAGAGCAUCCCGACCGUUGCUUCGGUUGGGGAGUUGUUAUCACAUGAUUUGUCGUGGGCAGCGAAUCAGCUACACCAGAAUGUGGUGGCACAUGAUAACGCUACUGUGCGCAGGGGAGUGAAGGAUUGGGAGAAUCAGCCAAAGUUGUUUCCUUUGGGGAACUUUGAUGGUGCUAUGAUUACUAUGGGAAGUUCUCCUAGGUUUCCGAUGUAUAAUAAUGAUUUCGGGUGGGGCCCGCCAAUUGCGGUUCGGAGUGGUAAGGCGAAUAAGUUUGAUGGGAAGAUUUCAGCUUUUCCAGGGCGUGAUGGUGAUGGGAGUGUUGAUCUUGAGGUGGUUUUGGCUCCUGAGACCAUGGCGUGUCUUGAACUUGAUCAGGAGUUUAUGCAAUACGUGUCGUGAAAAUUGUGAUUUUUGUUGAGUUUUAGUGAAAUCAUUGUGUUAUCGAAUCGUUUCGCCAGCAAAUUGUUGUAUAAAUAUAAUUAUAAUCGAGUGAUUUGGUUUUCGAUCA